CCCGAAAAACCAUCGGAAUCUGACGUUUGUUUUGACGUUAACAUCCAAUUUGAAAAUAUAGUGAUUAUUUGCACGUCGAGUGAAAUGUGCGAGAAAGCUGAGGAAAAGAGUGUUUACUCGUUAAUCACGCAAUUAUGCGAAUCUUAUAUGAACGCCAACGACGUGGAUGUAACUGACAGGCAAAUCAAUCGACUGAGGACCACAGCUUAUGAGAUUCUUCUGUCCAAGAAGAUCCCAAAGAAAGACUCGAUAGUUUGCUUGAACAACAACUCGGAUGCUCACAGCCAUUUGCUUGCCUGGAAAUACAUUUUGAUAUCCGAUUACGGUUUGAGGGAGGUGGCUGAAUCUCUGGAUGCGCACUGGGAGAGUUUGAUGUUGGACGACAGGAAGGGAACGUUGGAGAAUGUCGUGGAAUUCUUGCUGCAGAUAAAGCAGUAUCCAGACACAAAGAUAAGGGAUGACGGUGUGAAUUUCUUUAAAACUUACACAGAGAGCAGCUUUAAAUUGCCACUGGAAGACGAUAGAUGCAGCGCGAAGUUUUCGAAGGAUGACUUUAAGCUGCACAAAUUCCAGGCGAGUUUCAAGUUUCUGCAGUGCGCUCGUAAAGAGCAAGAGUAUGGAGAGGAGAACGCUGAAUUCGUUGAAGAGGAGGAGAAUGUGUGGGAUGCUGUUUCCAAGAUACAAUUCACUGAAAGGAGGACGUGGGAAUCGAUGGGAGAUAUUGCACCUGAUAAAGAGGCGCAAUUCUUGUCCGAGUCCGGUUUGGGCGUUACGUAUUUCAUGCCGGAUCAUCCCAAAGUGAGGUCCAUCUCGAAAUUCCAGUUCAUCAAAGACAUCAAAAACUUGUUGGUUGGAAUUACUUCGCACACGUUUGUAACGAACGCUGAAAAUAUGAUCGAGUUGGCUGAGGGUGUGACGGUGGACGGAAUCAGUUACAGCGCUUUGAAGUCGUACAGCGAGCAGAUGAUAUUUAGUGGUAGCUGCUACAAAGCUUUAAGCUCGAUGGUGGCCGUGAAUCCGUACACUUAUAAGCAGAAGGGUUUGAUCUUUGCGGAAUUGUGCGAAAGCAUAAAGCGAUUCCUCUCGCAUUACCGUUUAGCCGCACUCUCUUUAUCAGAAUCUAAAGGUUUAAUAAUGUUGCACGAUCAUCUGCGGAAGCUUUCGGAUCAUAUCCAGGUGAUUUCAUCGAUUUGCAAGGUUGGGCCGUACGCUGCGAACGAAUCGAUCCCGCACGGCGUGGCACUACUCAAUUAUUUGUACUUGAAGUUGCUGGAAAUAUGCAACAAGAAUCUCAUGAUGGUCCUCUAUUCGAUAUUCUAUCCAUGCUUGCAAGUGUAUUUCUGUUUCUUCUUGAGGGAAUGGAUCAUGGAGGGAAACGUUUCCGACCCAAACCAGGAGUUCUUCGUCGAGCCCAACUACAAGUAUUUGUCGACCAGAGGUCGAUCCUAUUGGACGAAGAGUUUCUCCAUCAUCGAUGCAAUCGUACCGGAAUUCUUAUCCGAUCUGAAGAUGCAGAUUUUGAAUUGCGGACGGGCCACGAAUCUGUUGAAAUUGUGCAAACCGAAUUCUCCGAUUUGCGAUUUUGGGAAGAAGGCGAACGUCUUCCAAUGCUGCAUCACUUCCGAACAAUUGAAGCAAUUGGAGAAGAACGUCAGCGCUUGUUAUCUGGAGGUGAUCGCCGAGAAUGGGUCGAAGUUCUCCAUGAAGAAUUACCUGAGACGCUCGAAGGAUGAGCAGAUUUCGUUUUUGAAUUUGAUCGCGGCUAAAAGAGCUGUGACGUUGAAACGGAUCGAAAUGGAGAAGUUGAAGAGAUACGAGGAAGUGAAUGCUAAGAAGCUGGAGCAGAUGAAAGUGUUGAGGGAGCAAUACGAUGAGGCUAUGCGUGCGAAGAAGGCGGAACGCGCCGCCGCUUUGGAGCUGGAGAUGCAGAUGAACGAAGAGAUUGCAAAGAUGAAGGAGAUGGAGGAGAAAAUUAUCAAGGAGGAAGCUGAGGAAAUGAUUAAAUAUUAUGAUACGAUAUUGGAAAAGUCCGAUCAGAAACGGAAGCUGAUUCAGACGCACAUCGACGUGUGGAAUAACGUGAAUUUCGAUGAUAUUCUGCAGAAUAAGGUGGUGCACUUGCCAGUGGUGAGGCAGAUGAGCGAUGUCGUGACGAACAGGAAUAAAAUGAUGUCGAAUUUCGAUUUCGACGAAAAGGUUGUUGCGUCUGUGGAAAUCGUCGAAAAGGAGUUGAGCGAUGCGGCAAGGAAUAAGAUUAAAGUGAUGUCAACGGAGAUUGGGCAAGUCGUGGUAGAGGAGGAGAAGAAGAAGUCGGAUAAACCGAGAGUGUUGACCGAAGCGCAAAAGAACAAAAUUAAAGUUAUGGGAACUGAAAUCGGGAUGAGCGAUGGAGAUGUUUUGGUGUCCGAGGCUGUCGAGAAGCGGGAGUUGACUGAAGCGCAGAGGAAUAAGAUAAAGGUGAUGAGCGUCGAGAUGGGUAUCGAUUUUGGGACGCAAAAGGUUGAGGAGAAAAAUGAAAGUGGAGUGUUGACGGAGGCGGCGAGGAACAAGUUGAAGGUGAUGAGCACCGAAUUGGGGAUCGUCCAGUACGAAGCGGACGUUAAAGCUGAGCCGAAGAAGUCGAAGAUUCUCACCGAAGCGCAGAGGAUCAAAAUGAAAGUGUUGGAGACUGAGUAUUACGGACUUGGAAAUAACAAUAUUAACACUUUGCAGCCAAUUAUCGAAAAUACUACGACCGAAUAUUACGGUUGCGAUAACGAGAACUUCGUGAACAAGAACGUGCAGAGCGGCGACGAAAUCAAUUAUAUUAUUCCGCCGAAGGUCCACAAAAUGGAUUUGACUCUGAACUUGGAGAAGUUAACGUCGACGAGAUUGCAGCAGCCGUCGUUCAAGAGUUACUUGAAGAGUCCGAACUUUGAGUUUCCUCGACCGAUGUCCGUCGAUUCGACGCCGAUGACCGAUUUCACCACUCCCAUGCAGUCGACGGCUACAGCCUCGGUGAUCUUCAGCGAGGACGGAUUCAGAUUCACCAAAGACUCGAACAACAUCAACGAGAUAUCGAAUAGGGUGUCCGAGGACGAAGUGAAGAACAUCUCGACGAACUGUCUGAAUCGUUUGCUGAAGCAGAGCGUCGCAGUGCCGUUGGUGGCGCAGGCCGAUCUCGCGCAAAACGAACUCCUACGACAUUUCAUCGUCGAUCUAAAGUAUCUGAAGCAUUUGGAGAACUUGCGCAAUUACUUCUUCCUGCUGGACGGGGAGUUUGGGAGGAACAUCACCGACGGUCUAUUCAGUAAGUUGUACUCGGUCAGCUUUCCGCAGGAGCUGAUCAACAAUUCAACGUUGAAGAGUCUUCUCUUCAACGCUCUCGAUUUCACGUCGAAGUCGAACGAGGAAUCGGACGGACUUAGCUUUAAAAUAAACCACGUGCCUAAGCGGUUAGAGCUGCGGAACGUCUCCGUCUUGGACUGCUUAAGUCUCUAUUACAAAGUCGAAUGGCCGUUAAAUAUUCUGUUGCCAAACGAUACCAUCGCGAAAUACGACGAAGUCCUGCAGUUCCUGCUGAAGCUGCACCGCGUCUCCUGGGUCCUCAAGAAGAUAUUUAUGGAUCUAAAAUUGCUGGUCAAAGAGACCGGUCCCAGACGAGGUUUCUUGAUAUUCUCCCCGCAAUACCAGAACCUCGAGCUGGCUCGUCACGUGAUGACGCAUUUCGUACAAACUCUGCAGAGUUACGUCGUUGGCGAGGUUCUCCAAACCAGCUGGGUUAACUUUGAAGAGGAUCUGCUCGGCGUUGAGAAUCUGGAGCAACUGUACCUGCUCCAUACCAAUUACAUUAAAAACAUUCUAUUCAUGUGCUUCCUGAACCAAAGAUUCCUGAAGAUCAGGAAUUCGAUUUACGAUAUUUUCACUGUGAUAUUGAAGUUUUACGAUUACUUGCGCUCCAGAGAUUGGGAGUUCGACGAGUACGUGUACACGCACCCGAAUUACGGCAAGCUCGAGGGCAUUUUCAACAACUUCCUGGAGUUUAUGCAGUUUCUCAUCAAGAACUUCAAGAAGGUGUCCAAGGGGUAUCAUCCCACGCUGCUGCAGCUCGUCGACAUGCUCGACCUGAACGAGUACUACUCGAAGAGAUUUAGCUAAUUUCUGUUGUUAUAUUAUUAUUAUUUACUUACCCAUAAGUAUCUACUGAUUGAUUGAUUGAUUAAUUAAAU